UUCACCUCCAAUCGAGGAGCGGGAGAGGAGCUGGUAACUGGUUAGUGAGAGGUUAUCGCUAGUUAGUGAGGGGCUAACCAGUCAGUGCAGAGGGUUAGGGUUGUUACUAGUUAAGGAAGAAGAGGUAGCCAGUUGAUGAAUGGUUGGUUAUCACUAGUUAAGAGGGGUUAACCAGUCAGUUGGUAAACAAUGAAAUGCUGAUCAUUACUAGAUAGUAAAGGAUUGAUAACCAAUUACUGAAGGAUUGGUUAUUAGUAGUUAGUGAAGGGUUAAGUUGUUAGUAGUUAGUGAAGAGUCAGUUAUUACUAGUUAGCAAGAACCUGCUGAAGCACUUGACUAUUUAAGACCGGCUUGAUAUGGGAUCUGAUUAGUCAAGGUCUAGUUACUGAGCAGCAAGAGAUGUGUUAGUAGUUAGCAGGGCUGUGACUGCUAGUUAGUGGAGUGUGAGAGCAAUAGUCCAUGAACUGUUGAUAACUAGUGUUGCCCUGAGUCUCCAGCCAUGUCUGAACGAGAGGAGCGUAAAUAUGCAGAGAUCAGUAAGGAAUCAGUGAAGCUGAUGGCUGAGAGCGUGGGUCUGGAGCUGGGGGAUGAGGUCAGUGCUCUGCUGGCCCAGGACGUGUGUUACCGACUGAGAGAAACGACCCAGAACGGUGCCCAGUUCAUGAAACAUGCCAAUCGCAGACGUCUGACUGUGGAGGAUUUCAACCGGGCACUGCGCUGGGCGAACGUGGAGCCCGUGUGUGGUUACGGUGCCUCAGAUAUACUUCCGUUCCGCUCCGUUAAGGAGGGGGAGCUGUUUGUGGUGGAGGAUCGUGAAGUGAACCUGGUGGAUCUGGCCCUCGCCACCAACAUCCCCAAGGGCUGCGGUGAAACCGUGGUUCGAGUUCAGGUGUCCUAUGUAGACAGCCGGGGAAAUCAGGAGCCUCAGGGAGUGGUCCCUGCAGCAGUCUCCAGCCUCUCCGAUGAGCUCCUGAAGUAUUACCAGCAGAUUACCAGAGCAGUGCUAGGUGACGAUCAUCGGCUGAUGAAGGCGGCUCUACAGGACCUUCAGUCGAACUCGAAGAUCGCGGCUCUGCUCCCCUACUUUGUCUACGUGGUCAGUGGGGUUAAGUCGGUGAGUCAUGACUUGGAGCAGCUGAACCGGCUGCUGCACAUUGUGAAGAGUUUAAUCCGUAAUCCCUAUCUCUAUCUGGGGACCUACAUCAAGAGCCUGGUCUCCAGUGUCAUGUACUGUAUUCUGGAGCCUCUCGCAGCCUCUAUCAACCCGCUGAAUGAUCACUGGACCCUCCGAGACUAUGCAGCGUUACUGCUCAGUCACAUCCUCUGGUGGCAUGGAGAUUUAGUGAGCGGACUCUACCACCAGAUCCUGCUGACGCUACAGAAGGUGCUGAUUGAUCCAGUUCGACCUCUCUGCUCACACUAUGGAGCAUUGGUGGGACUGCACGCACUCGGCUGGAAGGUGAGGAGGUCCCAUCAAACACUCCCAGGACAGGCAGUGGAACGUGUCCUUUAUCCUCACCUCCAUACCUAUUGGACAAACCUUCAGGCUGUCCUUGAUGAUAAUUCUGUAUCGAAUGCACAGGUCAAAGCUGAUGGGCACAAGGUGUACGGUGCCAUUCUGGCAGCCGUGGAGAAGUUGUUGAAAACCAAGGUGUCGGUGGAGUUGACAGCCGAGAAUUCGAGUGUGCCGAGUUCGCCGGGUGGGAGUCCGGUCCGGGAGCCUCACACCGAGUUCGGUUUUGGCAUCACCAGCCACCUCCUCCAGACGGGUGGGAUCCCCGGACUGGACCACCCGUACCCGGUCACCUCUCCGCCACAGAUGUACCACGAGCUUUACUCCUUCUUUGGAGACAGCCUGGCCAUUCGGUUUGGGACGGGCUGUGGGAUCCUUGUGGCCGCUGUGCACCCCGCCGGCAAGGAGUUUUCCAGCCAAUCGGCUGUGCCGCCGACAGACCCGAAGGCCCAGAGGGGGGGGCUCAAUGGGGCAGACCAGGGCCGGAAGAUGCCGCAGCUGACCAUGAGCUUGGCGGUCAGCCCAGUCCAGGAAGGCAGUCCCAUGGCCGAUCAGCCACCUCAGCCCACGCUGCAGAGGCCCAGCGUGACACCCAAACCCAAAUCCACCGCUCGCCUGCCCCACGAGCGGGGUCUCCACCACCAGCAGGGGGCUCUCGGGGUCAGGGACGUCUUCCAGAGGUCACGGCUCUCUGCCCGCGCUGGACCCUCUGCCUUCCUGAUCGCCGGGAGACAGAUGGGAAGGAGGGGGAAAGGUCGUCUUUUCCAGACCAGCUUCCCACUGUACCACGGUCCCAGCCUAGCAUGCAAAUAUGGCCAGAGGCUGCCCAUGAUUGGCCGCAUUAACAAACCAGUCAGGAAGUGGCUGAGGGCCGAUUACUCCCUGUACCUGCCCCUUUAACUGGGGGAUGAUUACUCCCUGUACCUGCCCCUUUAACUGGGGGAUGAUUACUCCCUGUACCUGCCCCUUUAACUGGGGGAUGAUUACUCCCUGUACCUGCCCCUUUAACUGGGGGCUGAUUACUCCCUGUACCUGCCCCUUUAACUGAGGGCUGAUUACUCCCUGUACCUGCCCCUUUAACUGAGGGCUGAUUACUCCCUGUACCUGCCCCUUUAACUGGGGGAUGAUUACUCCCUGUACCUGCCCCUUUAACUGGGGGAUGAUUACUCCCUGUACCUGCCCCUUUAACUGGGGGAUGAUUACUCCCUGUACCUGCCCCUUUAACUGGGGGAUGAUUACUCCCUGUACCUGCCCCUUUAACUGGGGAAUGAUUACUCCCUGUACCUGCCCCUUUAACUGGGGGAUGAUUACUCCCUGUACCUGCCCCUUUAACUGGGGGAUGAUUACUCCCUGUACCUGCCCCUUUAACUGGGGGAUGAUUACUCCCUGUACCUGCCCCUUUAACUGGGGGAUGAUUACUCCCUGUACCUGCCCCUUUAACUGGGGGAUGAUUACUCCCUGUACCUGCCCCUUUAACUGGGGGAUGAUUACUCUCUCUACCUGCAUCGAUUUCCACCUGUGGUAGGUGAGGGGGUAUGUGGAAACUAGGAUUGGGAUACUUGGGAAUAUCCAUGGAUCCUGGAAAUUCUCUGAUCCCCUCUCUCCCCACACCCCUCCCCACUCCCCCAACACCCGCCCACAGUCACUCACAAAUGACCCUCCGACAGUGUGGUGCUCCCUCAGCACUGACCCUCCGACAGUGCGGCACUCCCUCAGU